UAUUUCUGUGUGUGCUUAGUUUUCUCUAUCUAAAUUAAGUGUUGUCCACCUUUUGGAUUGCUUAGGUUCUCUCAUGUUGGCUUUCAGAUUAGAAAAAAAAAGGUUAACAGUUGCUGUUUCCAGGAGGAUUUCACAGCUUUGUUGGUUCUUUUAGCUCUACCCUUUUGAAUGUCUGCUUUCCAGACUUGGCUUCUUGGAUUUCCGGUUUUUCCAAAUCGUUGUCGGGUACUGGAAGCAGAAACAGAUGGUAAUUUAGUUGGUGCGUUUUCGUGGUGUAUAAGUGAAUGUGCUGUUGAUAUGCAGAAGCUAGAGGUGGUGACUCUCUUUUCUGCUGACAAAAAGAUUGUUUAAAUAUGCUUAGACUAGAGAGAGUUGCCAUCACUUCAAUCUUGAUUGGAUUCUUGUUCUUGUCAGUUGCCUGUUCCAAGAUUCCAUUAGGUUCGAGGCUGUCUGGGGGUAAUGGUUUCUGGGCGUCUGAAAAUGGGGAUUUUGCGAUGGGGUUCUUUAGAUAUUGUGGUCAGUAUAGUGUUGGGAUAAAAUUCAAUUCGAGUUCUGUUCCGGACUGUGAACAGACGGUUGUUUGGUUAGCGGGAGCUAGUAGGAGGGUAGGGAGUAAUUCGUAUUUUGAGCUAACGGGACGAGGGGAAUUGGUGUUGUUUGAUUCUGGUAGUAGGCAGAUUGUUUGGACGAGCAAUACUAGCAAUGCAGAUGUGGAAUCUGCUGUUCUUGGCAACGAUGGGAACUUCGUGCUGCUAGAUCGAUAUAAGAAUGUUGUUUGGCAAAGUUUCGGUUAUCCAUCUGACACGCUUCUCCCGGGCCAGAAUUUAUCAGCUGGGAGUGUGCUCCGGGCUACCAGCAGGAACUCGGUGGCAAGCGUUUACACUCUUUCGAUGGAUGUUUCGGGGCAGUUGCAGCUUAGGUGGGAGACCAGUGUCAUCUACUGGACUAAGGGGAAGGGGAACCCGUCUGGUUUGGCUGUUCGGGCUCUGCUUAGUAGUGAUGGGAGCCUUCAACUUCUUAACCAAGAGUCUAAGCCUGUUUGGUCUGUUUAUGGUGAAGACCAUGGCGAUUUAGAUGUGAAAUUCCGGUUUCUUAGGCUAGAUUCUGAUGGGAACCUCCGGUUGUACUCGUGGGCGAAUGGCUCGAGAUCGUGGGUGCCCGUUUGGCAAGCUUUUGAGAAUCAGUGUGGCGUUUUCGCCACUUGUGGGCUUCAUGGCAUAUGUGUGUACAAUUCAUCAGGCUCCCAUUUUUGCAAAUGCCCUUUUCCAUCUUCUGGCAACUCUUCCUCGGAUUGCUUGAUCCCUUAUGAUCCAAAUUGUGCUUCGAAUUAUUCGAUUUUGAGGUACAAUAACAUGUUCUUGUAUGGAAUCUACCCUCCGAAUGAGACAGUCGUGCAAACGAGCCUGCAACGGUGCUGGCAUUUGUGUCAAGAAGAUCCACAAUGCCACGCGGUGUCCUUCAUAAACAACGGGAGUGCCCAAUGCCACCUUAAAACGACUCAAUAUGUUAGCGGGUCGUCAGAUGCUUCCUCGAGUUCCAUUUCUUUGGUCAAGACCUGCUCAGACCCUAUGGCUGUUUUGCCCUCCCCUAUGCCCGACGUAGCGAAUUCAAAACCAGAAAUCUGUUUGGUUUGCGUGAUUGAAGUUUCCAUAGCUUCGUGUAUUGCAUUUAUUCUGAUUCAGUUCGGGAUUGGCCUUUACAUACACAGGAGAAGACGAUACAUUGCAAUUAAAUCCGCUUCUGCAGCAUAUUCUGUGCCUAAUGCUAGUGGCUGUAUCAUGUUAUCCUACUCCGAAAUCAAGGCCUUGACAGAGAAUUUCAACGAGCCAAUCGGGCCAAAGAUGUUCAAAGGCGUUCUUUCGGAUGGCAGGCUAGUUGCGGUUAAACAUUUGGAUGGCUCGAUAGAAGAAAGGAAGUUCCGAAGUGCUGUGCUAAAAAUAGGAAGCAUUUGCCACAAAAGCCUCGUGAAGCUCGAGGCCUACUGCUGCGAGUCGGGCUACAGGUUCUUGGUGUAUGAGUAUGCCAAGAACGGCUCCCUCGAUAAGUGUUUAGAAGAUCCCGGGAUUUGCAGGAGCCUGACAUGGGCGAAACGAGUAAACAUAUGCCUAACAGUAGCGAGGGCGAUGUACUACUUGCACACGGGGUGCAGAGAGUUCAUAAGUCAUGGAAACCUAAAAUGCCAAAAUGUGGUAUUGGACGAUGAGCUCGGAGCUAAGGUGAGUGAGUUCGGUUUAAGGGUAGUUCUUCGCGGGGAAUCCCACGACGAGGGUCCGGGAGAGACAGAUGUGCGGGAUAUUGGUAGGAUGAUGGUGGUUUUGAUCACCGGAUGCCAAAAUGCAGACGAGGCUUGCAAACGGGCAUAUGACAGAUGGGUGAAUGGCGAAUCAGAGAUAGUGACUGAUAAGCGAAUGGAAGGUGCAGUCAAUUUAGACGAGCUGGAACGUACGCUAAGGCUCGUGUUUUGGUGCGUGCAAGGUGACGAGCGGAUGAGGCCAUCAAUGGGCGAGGUCGUGCAGGUAUUAGAGGGCAGACUACCCGUUGAUCCUCCCCCGCCUCUUUACUGUCACCACAAUCAAACGUCGCCUGAAGACGAGCAAACAUCCACCCCAUCAUCCACUUCAGGCUUGUAAUCUUUCCCAAUUUGGUUCAAAUAUAUAUAUAUAUAUAUAAAUGCCAUUUGUCAUGAACUUUAUUUGUCAUGUAUAGUAGAGCUAACUGCCAAGCACCAUGUAGAAUACAAUGCCCAGUUUUAGCACUUCAGCCACUGGCCAUUUUUAACUUUAGAAUUAGGCCAUUCUGCUGUGUAAUUUAAGUGCAGUCUGAUAUGCAUUCUUGAAAUAGCUUACAUUCUAA